AUGCUAAAGACAUAUACGGAAGUCUUACCCCAGUUUGUAUGUACCGAGUGCGCCCAGCGGCUGAUUAACUUUCGUCAGUUCAAAAACAAAUGCCUCAAAUCGCAUUCGCUGAUGCAACAAAUAUUGGAUAAGCAUGAUCGUGUAAGUUGUAAUCAGUUUAUAAAUUUUAUUUGUCAGCUAAGCUUUAGUAGUAUUAAAAGUAUAGAUCGAGAUACAAGUUUACUGAAAAGCAAUUUGUCUAUAAAACACAACUCAGAUAUUUAUGAUCUCAGCCUAGUAUAUGAUGAUAGUAAGAUAAUUGAUCAUUUAAAAGUCGAAGAAGAUCUGUACAAAGAUAACGAUGAUCUUAAAAAUGAAGAUGUGAUACAGGAUGAUAUUAAAAUUGAUGAUGAUAUAUUAAACGAUGAUUUAACGAACGAUGCUGAUAUAAAUAUAAAGUCGGAUGACAACUUUUCUUCGGACGACAAUUUGCUUAUAAAUUUGAAACGUAAAAAGCGGAAAAAAGAUAAAAAGCACACUGCCAAGAAGGUGAGAAAAAAAGAAACAGAGCCAAAGAUCGAUAGGCGUCGCAAACCUUUUUUGAAUGGUGAUUUGAACGAAACACUGUUUACGAUAACUGAUUUGACAUAUGAAGAGCAAGUUGCUGAAAUACAGAAGAGACAGGAAUCUGCGAAUUAUAAGAACGCAGUGUUCAAAUGCACAUUGUGCUUCAAAGGGUUUUUGGAUGAAGAUGCUUAUAAAGGGCAUAUGAUGAGACAUACUGAUGUAAGUAGUUCUAUUAAUUCAUACUUUGAAUUUUUACAUAUUUUCAGUAAAUUCACAACAUACAUGGGCCACAUUCGAAUAAAACAUCCGUCGGACUUUGUUUGUGAACUUUGCGGGUACUCUUUUGUGAGCGAGAAAGGGAUAGAGCUACAUAAAAAACUAAAACAUAGGCUAGAUAGCUAUGAGUUUCCCGAAAACGCACCUCUGUGUGAACUAUGUAACGUUCGUUUCCUGUCUGAAGAAGCUUAUAAGAGGCACCUGAGCGUCUCCGGGAGGCACAACAAAGAUUCGUAAGCAUUUUUUUCUAUGACAAUAAGGGAUGUGACGAGCAGGAAGUUCAGCUGAUGGUAAUUGAUACGCCCUGCCCAUUACAAUUCACUGCCGCUCAGGAUUCUUGAUAAUCCCAAAACUUCUGAGCGGCACUACAUUUGUGUAGGUCACCUUGCCACAAAACAUGUUAAGUCUCACUUGCCCAGUAAUCUCACUAGCUACGGCGCCCUUCAAACCCAAACACAAUAAUGCUUACACAUUACCGCUUCACGGCAGAAAUAGGCGCCGUUGUGGUACCCAUAAUCUAGCCGGCAUCCUGUGCAAAGGAGCCUGCCACUGGUAAACUACUAAGGUAUAAAGAAUUUAGUUUUUUACUACUGAAGGAAUACCACAAAAGGUGACAAAAAGUGAUACCAUUUACAUUUUUAAUAUUUUAGAAAGCUAAUAUGUGAAACUUAAGAAAAGCAAAGUUAAAAUAUAAUUUAUAACAUAUUAGAAAGGGUCUC